AUGGAAGACGAGGAAAUGAAAGAUGUUAAUAUGGAACAGACCGAUAGUGCAUGUAAGAAUGAUAAAGAAAAGAGAAAAGUAUAUCUCCCUGGUCAACCUCUGGAUCCUGAUGAAGAACUUGUUUGUGAUCCUUCAGCUUAUAUAAUGUUACAUGAAGCAAAUACAGGAAAUACAUCCUUCGAGAUAGUACCAAAAUUCAAGCUACCGAUCAAGUGGUUGUUGGUUUUGAAUUUUGGAAGCAAAAGGGAAGAAUUUCCAUUAACAGCUUAUCUUGUGGCUGGAACCCAGUCUGAAAACAACAAUAAUGAAGGUGAGUUUUACACGGUCCAGCUGUCCAACAUGCACAAGACGCAAAAGCAAGAAGAUGAGGAGUCAUCUGAAAGUGAGGAGGAGGAGGAGGGUGGUGGAGGGCAGAAGCCCAAGAUGGAGUCAAUUCAUAAACAUCACGGUUGUGUCAACAGAAUAAGAGCAACACAACACGGUGACACAGUGUUGUGUGGAGUCUGGUCGGAGCAGGGCAAGGUAACACUGCUGGACCUCAGGUCGCAGUUGGCAUCACUGGAGGAUUCCCGGGAAAUAGCAGCCCGGAGGAAGACAGGUGGUCGUGCAGGUGAACCUAUCCGACCCCUCUUUGUAUUUACCGGUCACCAAACGGAGGGCUAUGCCAUCGACUGGUGUCCCACACAGUCAGGUGUACUGGCGACGGGAGACUGCCGGCGGAACAUCCACGUCUGGCAGCCAGGGGAUGGCGGUAACUGGGCAGUGGACCAGAGACCACUGGUGGGACAUACUGGGUCUGUGGAGGACAUCAACUGGUCACCCAAUGAACCUCAUGUCAUGGCGUCAUGCUCUGUUGACAAAACAGUCCGUAUCUGGGACACCAGGGAGUCAGGGACCAAGGCCUGCAAACUCACCGUGCAGGCGCACACCAGUGAUGUCAAUGUCAUUAGUUGGAACUCUAGAGAACCUCUGAUAGUGUCAGGUGGAGACGACGGGUACAUUCAUGUCUGGGAUUUGCGUAACUUCCAGACGGGUGGGGCAGUGGCAACACUGAAACACCACACAGCUGCCAUCACCACAGUAGAGUGGCAGCCCAGCGAAAGCUCUGUGUUAGCGGCCGGAGGUGAGGACGACCAGAUCUCUCUGUGGGACUUAGCGGUAGAACGUGAUGAUAUGGAGACGGAACAGGAUAUCAAGGAUCUGCCUCCCCAGUUGCUGUUCAUACACCAAGGUCAAUCGGAGAUCAAAGAACUUCACUGGCACCCUCAACUCCCUGGCGUCAUAAUCAGCACUGCCAACUCCGGCUUCAACGCCUUCCGAACUAUCAGCGUUUAAUAAACUUGUUACCACCA